AUGAUCCUGUUAUGGGUUACACUACUUGUUCUUCAUCAAGGAUAUACGUUGGUUCCAGUGACCACAGUUCAACUUGGUGAACCUGCAACCUUCACAUGUGUUUUGCCUGACGAGGGGUUGAACCGUGAACAACUUUGGUGGUACAAGCAGAGUGCUGGGAAUACUCUAAAAUUAAUAUUGAAACUGCGGAAAAAUACAAACCCUGAGUAUGGACCAGACUUUUCUGCCUCAAGAUUGGAAGUAAAAGAAUAUAAGAAUAUUAGCAAUAUGACCAUUUUGAGGACAAUUGAAAAAGAUGAGGGAAUGUAUCACUGUGCAGUCGUGGAGUGGUUUAAGGUUACUUGGAGUGGCACCUAUUUGUCAUUACAAGGCAAAACUCAGAGGACAUCAAACUAUACUGUCAUUCGGGAGAUGAAAGUAUCUGAUAAAGACCGUCCAGGAGACUCUGUGACUCUCCAGUGUUCAGUCCUCUCUGAAUCUGACAAUGAGACGUGUCCAGGAGAUCACAGUGUGUACUGGUUCAGAGCCGGAUCAGAUAAAUCUCAUCCAGACAGCAUCUACACUGAUGGAAAUGGACAUGAUGAAUGUGACAAGAGAUCUGACUAUCAGAAAAGCUGUGUUUAUCACUUCUCUAAGAACGUCAGCUCCUCUGAUGCUGGGACUUACUACUGUGCUGUGGCUACAUGUGGGAAGAUAUUAGUGGGAGAUGGAACAAAACUGGACAUUCAAGGAGCCAUUUGGUCACAGAAGGCCAAUGCUAUUAUUGUCCUGCUGUGUGCUGUCUUGGCGAUAAGUCUGACUGUUAUAGCCUUCCUCAUUUACGCCAUCAAGACAAUCAAGUGUGAUUGUUCAAAUGGUGCUGUCAUCCUGCAACAAAACAGUGGUUAUCAGAAAAGUCAACAGAGAGAUGAGGACACAUGGAUUUAUUCGGCUCUUGUCUAUGGCAUGAUGGAAGCUGACAGUGCAAUAAAGGAUGCUAAAGCAGUGGAGAGAGAGAGGAUCUACGCUGCUGUCAAGGCUUUUGGGUUGGAUUAGUGAGUUAAUUGGUUCAGUAUGAUCCAGUUAAUGUUAGUCUGUAAGGAGCUAAAGGGUUUGUUAUACUGUCUGUGGCUAUUAGGUAGUACUGUCCAUGUUUUACUGUAUAUCAU